AUGUUAAACUAUCAGCAACAGUUGCACACGUUACCCGUCGGCAAUGCCAGCAAUUUCUACUAUGCGCCAGCUGCUGCCGCCACUACCGCCUCCUCUUCAUUGCCUCCGGCGCAGUCUCAACCCAUCGAACUGGAGUCGAAGCUGCAAGAGAGCCCUUUUGCCAAGGAUAAGCACAGCAGCCAUCGCAGAGAUCUAGAGCAAAUGCAUCGAUUUUCGGUGGACAAUCUCAUUGAAGCUAAGAGCAAAAUGUCCAUGGAGCUGAAUGACAAUUUUGGCGCCGACUACGCCAGUAAUCUGGGUGCAGCACAUGGGACUAACCCGGGUCAUGCGAGAAAGCCAAGACGCAAUCGCACAACCUUCAGCUCGGCGCAGCUCACAGCGCUGGAGAAAGUCUUUGAGCGCACACACUAUCCGGACGCCUUUGUGCGCGAGGAGUUGGCCAGCAAGGUGCACUUGAGUGAGGCGCGGGUGCAGGUCUGGUUCCAGAACCGUCGCGCCAAGUUCAGGCGCAAUGAGCGCAGCAGCGUCAGCAUCAGUCGCCCACUGCUGGACGGCACACAUAGCACUCAGCUGGUGCCCGCGCCCAUGGCCAAGUAUACAAAUCUCGGACACGCCAGCGCCAGCGCCUAUGCCUUGAACUUUGCGCCACUAGAGCUGCGCUCAUGUCAGAACUAUGCGAAUUGCUACGGCGGCUUCGGCGCAAGCUCUGCCGGCAGCUCUGCUGGCGUCUGCUCGUUCUUUGGUGCGCCCAAUUAUUGUGUCAACUAUGCCAAGAACGCUUACUCGACGCUCUGA